AUGUCCACUCCAACGGCGACAACCACAACCCCCAUCCAACUUCCGCAAACACACUCCACGCUCGUCGUCACCUCCACCUCCUCCCCUCUCACUGUCGAGCAACGCGCUCUUCCUACCGUCACCCCCGGUAGCGCCCUAGUACGCAUUAUCUGCUCCGGUGUCGUCUCCUACAUCGGCGAAGUCUUCUCCGGUAAACGCAAGUACCCCUUCCCCACACCCUUCGUCCCGGGAACCAGCGCUAUCGGCCGUGUCACCACCGUCGGACCUGAUGCAACGUCGCUCAAGCCGGGUCAACUUGUCUACGUCGAUUGUUUCAUUCGAGGACGCGAUGACCCGGACGCUAGGAUAAUGAUGGGGAUGUAUGAAGGCUAUUCGGAAGAGACGAGGAAGUUGAUGAGGGGAGAGUGGAGAGACGGGACGUUUGCUGAGUAUGCGAAGGUGCCGCUAGAGAACUGUUUCGUGUUGGAUGAGGCGAGGUUGACGGGCGGUGUGGGAGAGGGAGGAUUGGGGUAUGAGGUUGAGAAGUUGGUGUAUUUGUCGACGUUGUUGGUGCCUUAUGGAGGGUUGAGGGACGUCGGACUGCAGGCUGGCGAGACGGUUGUUGUGGCUCCGGCGACGGGGGCGUUUGGAGGCGCGGCGGUGCAGGUGGCAUUAGCUAUGGGCGCGAAGGUGAUCGCGAUGGGUAGAAACAAGCAGAAGCUGAGGAAGAUCAAGGCCGUCAGCGAGAGGGUGGAGGUGGUCCCUAUCACGGGGGAUAUGGAGAAGGACACAGAGGCACUGAAGCAAUUCGGGCCUGUAGAUGUCUUCUUUGAUAUCUCUCCUCCAGAGGCAGCGACGUCGACGCACUUGAAUAGUGGUAUACAUGCGCUCAGGCAUGGAGGGAGGGCGAGUCUUAUGGGAGGGCUAGGAAGGGAGACGGCAUUACCGUUUUUCUGGAUUGUGUUCCAGGAUCUGCAACUGAAGGGGAAGUGGAUGUAUGAGAGGAAGGACAUUGAGUCGCUGAUUAAGAUGGUGCGGGCGGGCGUGAUGAAGCUGGAUAUGGUGGAUAUUGUGGGUAAGUUUCGGUUGGCGGAGUGGGAGAAGGCGUUCGAGGUGGCGAAGGAAAAUGCGGAUAUGGGACAGAUGGUGCUCAUUACACCUUGA